CACUUGAAGCCAAGCAAACACAAUGUUAAAGAAAAACUACACAACAGUGACUGAGUUUAUUCUCCUGGGACUGACAGAUCGAGCUGAGUUGCGGCCUGGCCUCUUUGUGGUUUUCCUAGUCAUCUACCUCAUCACAGUGAUCGGCAAUGUGAGCAUGAUUUUGUUAAUCAGAAGUGACCCAAAACUUCACACUCCAAUGUACUUCUUCCUCAGUCACCUCUCCUUCGUAGAUCUCUGUUAUGCCACCAGUGUCACUCCUCAGAUGCUGGUUAAUUUUUUAUCUGAAAUGAAAACCAUUUCCUUCAUUGGUUGCUUUAUCCAAUUCCACUUUUUCAUUGCCCUGGGGAUCACAGAUUGUUAUAUGCUCACAGUGAUGGCUUAUGAUGGCUACAUGGCCAUCUGUAAACCCUUGCUGUAUGGUAGCAAAAUGUCCAGAUGCGUUUGCCUCUCUCUUGUUGCUACUCCUUACACUUAUGGCUUUGCACACGGUCUGGCACAGACCAUCCUGAUGCUCCGUCUCUCCUUCUGCGGACCCAAUGAAAUCAACCACUUUUACUGUGCGGACCCUCCUCUCCUAGUCCUUGCCUGUUCAGAUACUCACGUCAAAGAAACUGCCAUGUUUGUAGUGGCUGGUUCCAACCUCACCUGUUCUCUCACCAUCAUCCUCAUCUCGUACAUGUUCAUUUUCACAGCUAUUCUGCAUAUGCGCUCUCCUGAGGGGAGGCGCAAGGCCUUCUCCACCUGUGGGUCCCAUCUGACAGCUGUCACCAUUUUUUACGAGACAUUGUUCUGCAUGUAUCUGAGGCCCCCUUCUGAGGCAUCUGUGGAACAGGGGAAAAUUGUAGCUGUUUUUUAUAUCUUUGUGAGCCCUAUGUUAAACCCUUUUAUCUAUAGCUUGCGGAACAAAGAUGUUAAAACAGCAAUCAGGAAAGUGAUCCAAAAGAAAUUGUUUGCUAAAUAAAGUAGACAUUUUGUUCACAGAUAUGUAAUAAAUCUAUAUUAUUUGACCAAUUAAUGAGCAUUUUAAAUUAACAAAUCACUUUAUUUUAUUGAAUAUUUUUGUCUUUUAUAAUUUGCA